GGCUCAUCUGGAACAACACUUUAUGCACAUGUAUGAAGCCAAGCAGCCUCAUCUGGAACAACACUUUACACACAUGUAUGAAGCCCAGCAGGCUCAUCUGGAACAACACUUUACGAACAUGUAUGAAACCAAGCAGGCUCAUCUGGAACAACACUUUACCCACAUGUAUGAAGCCCAGUUUUCCAAGAACUCGGUUCAAACUUAGUCGGAGAGGUGGUACAUUGGAGUUGGUUGUCUAUAGGUCAUUUAUCAGUCUGCAUAAAAUGUAAUAAGUUUAUGGAGAAAAUUACUUAAUCAGUUCUCAAGCUCUUAAAUUGAAAUUUGAAAUAUUUUGUCACUAUGAUAUGAAGACUUGCAAGACACUUUUCAUGCCAUUAUUAUCCACACAUGCCUGAUUUAUUUUUCCUUGAAUAAUGCUAAGCUAGCAGUGCAUGGAUAUAAAUCAUAUAUGUGACAAAGCUCUAGGUUAAAUUGUUAAAAUUAUUAUUUUUAGCUUGAAUUACUCGUGGUGAUCUAUUGUGGUAACACUAUGUCAUUUAAUUUAAUUUUAAUAAGCAUAUUUACCAGUUUUCUUUUUGUCUGAUUCUUCAAUAAAAGGGAACAGUAAUAAACAUCAAUAUGACAAGUGUUUUAUUGACAGGCUCCUGUUGUUAGUAUGGGAGCCUCAUCAUACAAAAAAGGGUCUUAUGCCAUAGGCAGCCAAUUUAACUGCACUCAAGCUUGUGCAAUUGGUCAGUCUGAUCAGGAGGAAGGCUGUGCAAUGGGUCAGUCUGAUCAGGAGGUAGGCUGUGCAAUGGGUCAGUCUGAUCAGGGGGUAGGCUGUCCGCUGUCCAGUCAAGCUUGUGCAAUGGGUCAGUCUGAUCAGGAGGUAGGCUGUCUGCUGUCCAGUCAAGCUUGUGCAAUGGGUCAGUCUGAUCAGGAGGUAGGCUGUCUGCUGUCCAGUCAAGCUUGUGCAACGGGUCAGUCUGAUCAGGAGGUAGGCUGUCUGCUGUCCAGUCAAGCUUGUGCAAUGGGUCAGUCUGAUCAGGAGGAAGGCUGUCUGCUGUCCAGUAAAGCUUGUGCAAUGGGUCAGUCUGAUCAGGAGGUAGGCUGUCCGCUAUGCUUGUGCAAUGGUCCAGUCUGAUCAGGAGGUAGGCUGUCCGCUAUUUAGUCACUCAAGGUCUGGUAGUGUUAUUAGUAGACAGGGUAGCUCCUUACUAGACUGCACAAAUACGCAUAAGGGUCUGGAGUAGCACUGGCUGCAGAUGGCAUAAGACUCAUUUUCACGUUGCGAUUUAUAAUUAU